AUGGAGCUCUACAGAGUGCAGCAAUGGCGGCCAAAGCUAGUCCUACAGCUACUGCUACUCCUGCUACAAGUAUGGGGUUCCACAUGUGCGAACUUGUUCGACUUGAGCGCACGUGUGGCCCCUCUGAAUGGCCUGAUGCUCCAUUACUACAAGUACAACACAAGCUGCACCCAUGCAGAGGAGUUUGUUCAGCUUAUGGUGAACAGUGCAUGGAAGGCUGAUCGCUCAGUCACCGCCGCCCUCCUCCGCCUCCUUUACUCCGACUGCCUUGUUACGGGGUGCGAUGCAUCGAUCCUUUUGGAUGGGGAUAAUACAGAGAAGUAUGCUAUUCAGAACCAGGGGCUAAGGACCAACGGCUUAUAUCUCAUUGAUGAUAUUAAGAAGGUGCUGGAGGCAAGGUGCCCAGGAGUUGUGUCCUGCGCUGACAUCUUGAACUUGGCAGCCAAGGAAGCUGUUGCUCUGUCAAAUACUGGAUAUUUGUUGAAUCAAAUCCAGCUUUUGAAUGAUUCCCAGUAUAAUGUAGCGACUAUAAUUAAAGAAGACCAAAGUCAUGUCCAGACCCCAAAGUGGAGAAAUUAUUAUGUACAGAAACCGGAUGUAGAAUGCAGUCCGGAUACCAAUCAGAAUGUGCCACAUCAGCGGUACCGAGCAAUACUGAGCCGCGAUAAUGAGAGCGAGGUGAGGUGGCGCAUUCUGAUUGAUCUCCAAACGGCGUUCGACCUCCGCAAAGCAGGUGCACCAAAAUACCCGGUUUACACAGGGAGAAGAGAUGGCUUACAGUCCACAGCACAAUCAGUUGAUCUACCACCGCCAGAUGUGACCUGGAAACAAGCACUAGCAUACUUCGAAUCCAAGGGUCUUGAUGUUCUCGACCUUGGAACUCUUCUAGCUCCAAAAAGAGAGUCCCCUACCGAUGAAGAAAAUCAAUAUGUUGAAACUGGAUUACUGGAUUUACAGAACUUACCAGAAACAAAAUCAUCUCAUGCAGGAGCACAUUCAGUGGGGAUGACACACUGCAGCAACAUACAGGACAGGCUCUACAACUUCAACGGCACAGGUCGGCCUGACAGUUCAAUGGACCCAAACUUCCUUGCCCAGCUGAAGAAGAAAUGCCCACCUGGAAGCAAGGAAAAUAAAAAGGUUUAUUUGAAUCCAGCUUCUGGUAGAAACUACAGUUUUGAGAGCUCCUAUUACAAAAGGGUGCUGAAGCACCAAGCAGUGUUUACAGAGGAUCAGCAGAUGAUCACGACCUCAGAUGGCAUCAGAAUUGCACACGAAUUUGCAGCAGGAUUUGAAGAUCUGCGCAAGUUCUUUGCGCUUUCCAUGACUCGAAUGGGCGGGCUGGGAGUUCUUACAGGGAAGCAAGGUGAGAUCCGUCGGAGUUGCCGGUACACAAAUGCUAACAAUCCACACCUGAAGUAAGGUUGAAUCGAAGUCCUGCAACUAUUAUGUUACCCGGCUUGAAAAUAUGCUAUGUUUUGGUGGUUGUUGUAUUGGCCUUGGUUGGGAGCUUAACCUUAAUUAGUUAUGCAUAAGCAACUAUAAAUGAAUAAAAAUAACCAUGUUCUCAGCUAAUUCUACCUUAAGAGAUAUUUUGUUUACUGUUUAAUCUCUACUCAGACCACAAAUUUAGUUUCGUUGAGGCAAAAAAAAAAAAGUUAAAGCAUUCCAUGUAGAUGGCCAAAAAGAAUGCCGGAUAGAGAGAGAGGGGAGCGCAAGAGUAGCUCAAAUUAAUUGUUGCAAUUUUAUAAUCAGCCCAUAACUUUUUUUUUUAAUUUCAUUUCAUUCCUUUAUUUAUUUACAUGUCAGCGAAACAAAUCAUGAAGGAGGCAAAGCAAAUGAUGCAAACAUGAGAAUUAAGAAUGCACUGGCAUGGGAGUUUCACAAAAUUACUGAAAUCAAAUUAUAUGAAUUAGAUUAAUAAUAAAAACUAUUUACAUGUACAACUGCUGCAGUUCACUGAAAGUUUGAUCAGGGGAAGAAAACUACAUCAAAAAAUUCUUCGAACAACGCUCCUUGUCAGAUAAAAAAUUUGAACCCAGAAGGUCCAAGUUCGUGUUAACUAAGAAAACUGCAGAAAUUACAAACCUGAUAGCUCUCAAUUUCAGCUGAGAUUUUUUCUGAAGCACGCAAUUUUUCCUAUAAGAAACGCCUUCAACUCAACAUGGACAGGGAACCUGCUGUUACGAAUGGAAUAUCUACAGCAAUGCUUUAGGAAUCUUUGUUUUUUACUUUUUUUUUUCUUUCUGAGCA